CCCUGGGGCUUGCGGUGUUUUUUUCCGCGCUCUCACUGCCCUUUAUUCCUUUCCUCUUUUCCCCAUCGUUCUCUCUGCUACUGAGAACCCUAAGAGUGCGUAGCGAGUAUAUAGACUCUUCACGAUGGAUAUAGAUGCUGAGAUCGAGUCUAGCAUUAGGUCGCUGCAGUUGGACUCUUCAGAGGGCAAUAACGAAGUGGUUGCUUCAGAUGAAGUUAAAGCAGAAGAGAGUGAGAAAUGGGAUACAAUGGAAGAAGAUCUCAAGGAUGAGGUGGUUUCAGAUCACAAGGAUGAGCCCCCGUCAAACUCUAAGCCAUUGCAUGUGGAGCCAAAAGUUAAAGAUAAAGAAAUGACUGCUCUAGUAGAUGUUGAAGAUAAAGAUAGCAAAGAAGAAAACAAGAAGCGACAUCUGAAUGUUGUAUUUAUUGGCCAUGUUGAUGCUGGUAAGUCCACGACUGGAGGGCAGAUACUUUUCCUUAGUGGUCAGGUUGACGAUCGAACAAUCCAGAAAUAUGAGAAAGAAGCAAAGGAAAAGAGUCGAGAAAGUUGGUACAUGGCAUAUAUCAUGGACACAAAUGAGGAGGAGCGUGUAAAGGGAAAGACAGUGGAGGUUGGUAGAGCACAUUUCGAGACGGAAGCCUCAAGGUUUACCAUUCUGGAUGCACCGGGUCACAAAAGUUAUGUUCCAAACAUGAUCAGUGGGGCAUCUCAAGCAGAUGUUGGAGUCCUGGUAAUCUCUGCUCGUAAAGGUGAAUUUGAAACUGGAUAUGAGAGAGGUGGGCAGACCCGUGAACAUGUCCAACUUGCAAAGACUUUGGGUGUAUCUAAGUUGCUUGUUGUUGUCAACAAAAUGGAUGAUCCUACUGUGGGAUGGUCUAAAGAAAGGUAUAAUGAAAUAGAAUCAAAGAUGAUACCUUUCCUAAAAUCAUCAGGUUACAAUGUGAAGAAAGAUGUUCUAUUCCUUCCUUUAUCUGGUUUAGUUGGUUCUAAUAUGAAAACUAGAGUCGAGAAGAGUGUGUGCCCGUGGUGGAAUGGUCCGUGCCUAUUUGAAGCUUUAGAUGCCAUAGAACUUCCUCCACGAGAUCCAAAAGGCCCAUUGAGGAUUCCGAUUAUUGACAAAUUUAAAGAUAUGGGAACUGUUGUUAUGGGGAAGAUAGAGUCUGGUAGCAUUCAUGAGGGUGAUAGCUUGUUGGUCAUGCCAAAUAAGGCCCAUGUUAAAGUGAUUGCUGUACAUUGUGAUGAGAAUAAAGUAAGACGUGCAGGCCCUGGUGAAAAUGUCCGUGUAAAAUUGUCUGGGGUUGAAGAAGAGGACGUAUUGUCUGGUUUCGUCUUGUCAUCUGCUGUGAAACCAAUAGUUGCAGUUUCAGAGUUCGAUGCCCAGUUGCAGAUCCUUGAGCUAUUGGAAAAUGCAAUUUUCACUGCUGGUUACAAGGCGGUACUGCAUAUUCAUUCUGUUGUUGAGGAGUGUGAGAUUGUUGAGCUGUUGCAGCAAAUUGAUCCAAAGACCAAAAAACCUAUGAAGAAGAAGGUUCUUUUUGUCAAGAAUGGUGCUGUUGUUGUUUGUCGUGUACAGGUCAACAACUUAAUUUGCAUAGAGAAGUUCGCUGAUUUUCCACAGCUUGGAAGGUUUACUCUUCGUACUGAAGGGAAAACAAUUGCAGUGGGGAAAGUUACUGGUCUUCCAAAUACGGCAUAGUUGGUAAGGGGUAUCAUGAAUGCUGGUUUUGCAGUAGAAUGCAACAACUCUUGCAUGAGUGUGGGGAAAGGAACACCAAAGUGAUGCCACAAGCGAACGCUCUUGGAUAAUGGAAUGCAAGAUACUAUAAUAGCAUAGUAGAGUUUGUGCUGUGGCAGUUUUUUGAAGAGUUUGCUAAAUGGUUACUGGUUUCUAGUCUGUGGAUGCCAUUCUUUUCUUCGAGGCUUCAAGUUUUGAAUGUUCUGGUUUUCCCAUGGGUCUGUCAGAUUUCACUGGUUUAUACAGAAGACGAAUUCUUGAUUUCUUUUAGAUUACAUAUGCUGAGGUAUUAUUGCAA